AUGGAACCCUCCGAAAUACCCCCAGCGUCAACCACCACAGACCCCUCAAUUCCCAGCCCAAACCCCGCCUCUGAAACCUUUGACUUCACAGAGUUCCCACCCUGGACAGUCCCCACCAGAACAGGAUCACUUUACCCAGGACGACCAGGCAGAAAAACAACACAAGACCUUCCGGAGUCAACCAAUAACCCUGGCCCUGGCGAACCUACAGCAAACCCAAUCGCUACCGACAAUGGAGGAGGGGGAAUAGUAGUUCCUACCCUUCAACCUGGAAUUAUUGCUCCAAUUGGUAACACCACCACCACCUCUACUGCACUACUCGGAGGAACAACAACAAUAGCAGCUGCGGGUGAACCCCUUAGAGGCAUCACAUUACAACCCGGCUCGCCAACCCCCUUCCGUGGCGUCAUUACACCAACAGCAUCCUCAGCGUCCUCAUCAGGCUCGUACACCCUCGUACCCAGUUCAGUCACCGGCCUCCUCUUCGGAUUCGCCAUCGCUGGAGCUCUAUUCAUCGGAUUCGUCGCCGGCGCCAUCUUCAUGAAGUACACCCGCUUUGGUGGUGGUCGUCGCCGGAAAGAGCAGAGAAGAGAAAAGGGCGAGCUCACCGAACAACUUCGUCUCCUGACCGACACCCUGGGCCACCGCAACGACCGUCUCGACCACGAGGAGAAACAUAUCGAGGCGACUGCGAACCAGGCUGAUUUCUUGCCAUCCUGGUACCAUGGUAGGCAUCUCACCGGAAUGUACCCCGGACCUUGGGCUGAUCGACUCCAUCCUCAAUCAGUCAUGGAUCAGAGUGCUUAUCGGGAUUGGGUAGGAGGACCAUACACCCCAGUGGCUGCUGUGAGCUCGCCUGUUACUCCUAGUUCACCCAUAGCCUCGCUACGACACCAUCCCACAAACCGCCAGCCCCGCGUCAUCAACCUGCCACCGUCCCAGUCCCAAUCACCAACUGCUGAGAAUAGCGAUACCUAUGGCCCCAAGGGCGAGUGGUCAACCGCCGGCACAUCAACUGUUUCUUCAUCAAACGGCAGUACACUAGAUCUGUAUGAGAUCGAGAAACGCCGCCCUCAGAUUCAGGAGGAAGGAGUAGGCGAGGACAGUCUGUUCAAUAUUGACCAACCUAGUCACAACCCACACGUCUACUCUCAGGGUGAUUCUGGCGUCCACAGCCCCAUUAGGAGCGAUUGGUCCACCUCCAGCAGUAACGACAGCAGCAGUGGCAACAGUAGCAGCAGCGGCGGCGGUGGUGAGAGAUCGACUCCUUCCUCCUCCAACGGCAGCAGCGCACCCGAUCUACAUGUGUUUGAAGUCGAGAAGCGGCGUCCCCAGAUCCAAGAGGAAGGAGUGGGGGAAGACAGCCUGUUCGAUGUUGAUCACCCUAGCCACAACCCACAUGUCACCGGCAGGAUCAUUUAA